AUGAGCACGACCCUCUCUCACACCACCAGAGUUCGCCAGUCUCUUCAUCUGUCCAUAGACCCAUCGCCUUACCACCACUUUCGUGCCUCAUCAUCGGAUUCAAAUACAUCAUCCUCGGAUUCUGCAAUGACCAGCUCAGAGACCAUGGAGAGCUCUCCACCUUCUUCUGUCUCCGAACCAAGCAGCAUCAUAUGCACAGUGUUGUGCAUGUAUGAUUUCCAGUCGGACAAUCCAAUUCACCUAUCCUUUCGCAGGAACGAAAUGCUCGAUAUCAUCACACAGGAAGCCACCGGAUGGUGGGCAGCAAUGCGACGUGGAGGCAAUGUCGUUGGCUGGAUACCACAAGCCUUUGUGCGCCCGCUUUCGUGGGAAAUGGCGGAGAGACUGCGCAGUAUUCUGGAAGAACUUCGCGUCUUUGAAUAUGACGCUGAGCAGCUCUACAACUCUGCACCUACUUCACAGAUAUCUAGUGUCCUCGAGUCUCCUUUACUUAUUGAGGCAGAAAAACAUGUAUCUGCUCGGUCGCCAUGGUCUUCGCCGGAGACCCACCAGAGACCACACCACCCUCCCUCUCCCAAGACGCCAGUACCCCAUCCUCCUUUGAUAACCGUGCCUGUCAGACGCAAGCUAAGGAACCCUUGCAGCAUGUCCGAGAUCUCAUGCAGGGAUAAGCUCGCCACCCUCGAGCCACUCUCACCUCUCCGAAAUCCCCCACGGCGCCAUUAUUCUCCUUUGGCUUCGGAACAUGACUCAGACGCUGAAUCUCCAUCUGCCUCUGACAGACGCCGUUUGGAAAAGAUUAAGCAGCUUACGGGAAGCGAGGAAGCGGUCUCGUUCAUCAGCACUGUCCAAGCUCAGGCCAAUUCCCCAUGGUAUAUGAAGUCACGGCACUCAGAUCAGCUAAGGAUUGACAGCGAAGGCCAGGUCCGCUCCGGGACCACAGAGGCUUUGGUGGAGAAACUCACGUCGGAAACCUCCAAAGAUGUUAUCAAGGCCGCACAGGAAAACACGUUUCGGAACGCAUUUCUGAUGACAUUCCGGACGUUCAUGACCGCCGAUCAGCUGUUCACCGCACUUGUGGGUAUUUAUGCUAUGGAAUACCCUAGCAAGAUAACGGAUCCAGAAUAUGAAGAAUGGAGGGAGAAAUGCUCUCUCCCUACACAACGCAUAGUGCUGACUGUCUUUACUAUGUGGCUUGAAGAUCACCGGUUACUUGAGGAAGAGCCACACAUAGCCCAGCACCUCACUGAUUUCCUCAACGACGUAACCCCUCCCCUUGCCGUGACGGCUAAAUUAAUUGUCAAAUCUAUCGAGCGGCUGACAUUUGCUAGUCCCUACGUGGAAUCGCCCGUAGUAUCCCCUCGUCGGAGAAAAAAAUCUCGCGAUCAUAAGGGCGACCUUCUCCGCCUUGAUCCCACAGAUUUGGCCGAACAGCUGUCCCUAUUUGAGUAUACUCUCUACAACAAGAUAACUCCUCAAGAUUGUUUGUUGUAUGCAAAGUCGCCUCAAUUGGCCCCGAAUCUCAACACUUUCUGCGCCACCCAUGAUAAACUGGCGUCCUGGGUAACCUUCAGUAUCCUGAACAACGAAGCACUAGGAAAACGGGCGGAUACUAUUGACCUCUGGAUCAAGGUCGCCGAGAAAUGCCGAAAUAUGAAUAACUUCGCAUCUAUGAGCGCGCUUAUUACAGCGCUCAGCAGUGUUGUCAUCACGCGGUUGCAUCUCACAUGGGCCCAUGUGGGGCGAAAGACGAAUCUUGACGCGCUGUUGAAAUAUAACGAACCUUCCGGAGGCUUCGCCGCAUUUCGAAAUCUUCAAAGUAACGCCGAGGGUCCCUGCGUACCUUUUGUAGGGAUGUACCUUACCGAUAUUGCCCACACCAAGGAUCAGUUUGAGGACGUCGAGGAUGAUGGCCGAAUUGUGUUUAUCAAGCGGCAGCGGUGGUAUGAGACUAUAACACAGAUGCUACGGCACCAGUCGAAACCGUAUAAUAUUGGAGAGAGUAUGUCUAUUCGGGGCUUUAUUUCUUUAAAUCUACGGACAACUGGUACGAAGGACUGGAGUUUGGCUUGGGCAAAAAGUCAAGACGUACAGCGUUCGGAGCUGGAACACGCAGAUAUCCGUAGGGGGUUGGAGGCUGCUGGCUUUUAG